AUGAUCAAGGAUCCGGAGGUGGUUGAACAGUUACUUUCAGUGACGAUGGGGUUCUUCUUCCCCGGUUCAGACUUCUUGCUUGUAGCAGGUGUACUCGUGUACUUCUUGUACCGUUAUGCCACUUCGACGUACUCCUUCUGGGCCGAUCGGAAAGUCCCAUUCCUGAAGCCGGUUCCAUUUUUCGGUAACUUAUGGAAAAGAAUAAUAAGAAAAACUACGACGAUAGAUGACAUGCAGAUGCAGUAUGAGUUCUUCGGCGACAAUAAGUACGGCGGAACGUUCCUCUUCCGGAAACCAAACCUGUUCAUCAAGGAUCCACAGUUGGUAGAGCAGGUAUUGAUCAAAGACUUCUCAACAUUCUACAAUAGAUCGUUGAAUCCAGACCCAAAGAUCAGCCCCCUCAACAAGAAUCUCCUGACCCUCCAGGAUGCCCAGUGGAAGAACCUCAGAUCUAAGCUGACUCCGGCCUUCAGUUCUGGCAAGCUCAAGGUCAUUCAUCAGGAACUCAUCCAAUGCUGCGAGGAACUGACCAAGCAUUUGUCUUCUUAUGCCGAUACAGGAGAGCCCCUGGAAACAAAGAAGACAUUGUCGAGGUUCAUCGUCUACGCUAUAGGGUCAAUCGCCUUUGGUCUGAAGCUGGACACUCUCAAUGACCCUAACUGCGAGUUCGGGAAGGUAGCGGAUUCAGUCUUCAAGAUGACUUUCUUGAAGAGCCUUCUGGGGUUCUUGAGGAUGGGUUUCCCUUCUCUUGGAAGACUGGUGGAUGCUGUCGGUAGAUUAUUUGGAAAAGAUGGAUCUGAUAAUGAAUCUAAAAUCUUUAUCAUGAACGUAGUAAAAGAUACUGUCGAAUACAGAGAAAAAAAUAACAUUCAAAGGAAUGAUUUCCUUCAAAUCAUGAUGGAGCUGAGAAAACAAGAUGCAAACAGUAAGGAUGAAAUGAAAUUCGAUUUGGAGCUGAUGGGCGCCAAUGCCUUCGUGUUCCUGCUGGCUGGCUACGACACCGCGGCAGGUACGAUGAGCUUUGUGCUCUACGAACUGGCUGCUCACCAAGAGAUACAAGAAAGGCUCCUGGAAGAAAUUGUGGAAGUGCUUAAAAGGUACUCAGGAGACCUGACCUAUGAGGCAGUAAAGGAGAUGAAGUAUCUGGAUCAAAUUUUGUCAGAAACAUUGAGGCUGUUCCCUCCAAUACCGUCGACUUUUCGUGUCUCGAGGAGUCCAUACCAAAUACCUGGUACCUCUUUGCUUCUUCCAGCUGGAUCUACCGUUACCGUUCCCAUAUACAGUCUGCAUCAUGAUGCUAAAUACUUUCCGGAUCCCGAGAAGUUUGAUCCUGACAGAUUCGCUGAAGAUUCUAAGAUUGUAAAAGGGACAUAUCUUCCGUUUGGUGAUGGCCCAAGAAUUUGCAUUGCUCAAAGAUUUGCAAAACUAGAAAUAAAGCUUGCAGUUAUAAAAAUGCUACUUGAAUAUAAAUUCACUGUUAACGAAAAGACUAAAACACCAUUCACUUUCGACAGAGCUUUCUUCCUCAACCCUACUGGAGGCAUUUGGCUGAACUUGUCGAGAAGAACAUGAUUUAACUUUACCGUUAAUGUUCAUCUUUAUAAAUAUCUGUAAAUAAAUAUAUAUUUAAUACUAAUUAUAUUGUUAACUUGUAUUGGAGUAAAAUAUUUUGGUGAAAUCCAUCAUCCACUGGUAAAAGUCAAUUUCAUCCAUGGCUGUAUCUUUAGGCUGCCUUAAUUGAACAUUGAACAUUGAACAUGCUGAACAUUUCCCUUGCUUACAGUAUGCAGCUCCAAUUUUUAAUUUCUGAGAUAUUUAAAUCCAUAUCUUUAAGCAAACUCGUUAUUGUUUGGUUUGUGACACUUUUGCACACUGUUCCCCCUUUUUGCCUAACUAACCCGGCGUCGCAUUAAGUUGCUGAAUAUUUCUUUCCCUCAGGGGUGACCAUCCCCCCCCCCCCAAGGUCGAUGGCACAAGAACCUACUCCCUUCCCCCACCCAAGAUAUUUUAUUGCUCAUCUUUUCCUAAAAACAGAACAAGAUAAGGUAGAAUUAGAGAAAUCGUAGAUUUUUUUUUUUGGUUCUUCCCUGCCUCGCCUUUUCGGCUAUACAGGGUUUUACUGGGUCGGAGGGUGAGGGCAGGGAAUUUAAAUUCCCCUCCAGCGCCGGGAUGUGAACUCAUACUUUAUUAAUCUUCUUAAAUCUCUUAUCCGUUUGCCAGGUAACUCGCGGUGCAGUGCACACGCUUUAGCCUAUUCGGCCACCCCACCCCCUGAAAAUCGUAGAUCAUAUACAAUUACACUUGCUGCGGUAUGUUCCAUGUUUUUCCCUUGUCCCUUACUCCGAAAAUUCACAACUCUGUCGAAAUUUGCCCCUCUCAAAAAUUCAAAAAACCUUCAAAAUAUGUCCUCCCUGUCAAAAAUUUUGAUGGCACAAUUUGUGCCAUGAAACCCCCUUCUGGGCAUCCUUGCCCGCGCUUACAGUAUGCAAAUCGGAUUUUUAGUUCCUGUGAUAUGAAAAAACACUUCAAUUAGUCGACUUUACCCGAAUGAGCCUUACACAUCUGAUCCUGACGGCUCAGUUUCAUUCACUCCUCACAAAAAAGUGCAAAACGUGCCUAAAGAAGUUUUUACUUCAAAUUAAACUUAUAUAUUUUUUAGUAUAAUAUUUCUGUUCACUAAGAAAAACCUUUUGUGUAUAAGUAUUUAACCUAACAGCUACUAUGGUGUCGGUGAAGGUCAUUAGUAAUAUACCAGUGGGAACUCAUUCGGAUGCGGGAGGCCUCUAACCAAUUUCUGAAUUAGUAAUUGAUAGAAGGGCUCUGAAUAGAUGAUGUUUAAGGCUAAAUAAGGACUAGUAUUUAAAAUGACUUGUAAUUUUAUUUUUUUCAACAAAAAAAAAAUGUUGGUCUUUUAUUUUUUUCCUACUCUCCUUUAUAAUUCUAUAUGUACCAAUUCAGGGGUGCUUAGAACGGGUGCUUGCAGAAUGCCCACGCCAUGGUGUGGAAAUAGUUCUGGCUGACCUUUAUGCACAGGCCGGAAGAGAGCCCGUUCUUUUGCAAUUGUAUUCUACAUCCAGAAUCUAAUGAUAAUGGUUCAAGGCUGGUGGAUUUUGUCGCAUCUCAAUAUAUGAUUAUUGGCAGCACUAUGUUUGACCGUAAAAACAUCUAUAAAGCCACGUGGGUUACCCCAGACAACAACACUAUUACCACAAGUGGGUUAUUAUACAGACAAUAACCCAAAUUGACCAAUACUCUGGUUAGUCGGAGACAAAGGUCCAGUCUUAUGGGAGUAAGAACACUCAGAGGAGCGAAUGUUGACAGUGAUCACUACCUGCUCGUACCAUGAAUGAGCCAAAAUGAGUAAUGGGGCUCGAAUACGGGCAUAAAACUAAAGGGGCUGAAUGGAAAGGAUUAAUACUCGGAAACUACGUGAACCAGAGUGUAACGAAGAAUCCACCUAGAGACUUGAUUAGGCUUUAGAAGGGAGCCCUUAUGAAGAUACAGUGAAUGGAAGAUGGAAUCACUGCAAAGUUGCCAUCAAACAAACUGCAGGAGAGGUUCUGGGUUGAAGGAAGCCCACCAAAGAUCUGAAUGGUUUGACUCGGAGUGCCAGACAGCGACAGACAGGAAAAACGAAGCUUAUAAGAUAAUGAUAGAGAGUCACAGAACUCUCCAAGCAGUUAAGGAAUAUAAAGACAGAAGUCAAGAAGAUAAAUGCUUUCAUAGAAGAAAAAAAUAAAGGAAAUUGAACAAAGGAGUUGGGCGGAUGUAAGAGCCUUUUACAAGAGUGCAAGUGUGUAGCAUAAAGAAUUUGAGUCUAGAUUCAAUGCUUACCGAGGAGAGGAUGGAUCAUUAAUUACAAGUGAAGAUACCAUUCUUGGCAGAUGGGUCACCCACUUUUUAAGUAUUUUGGGGAUCCCACGGUGAAUAGUAUAAUUCCUGUUCUAUGCAAUGGCUUUGAGUUAACAGAUCCACCAGAUGACGAGGAAAUCUAUGACUCCAUCCAAAAACUUAAGAACGAUAGAGCCUCAGGAUCUGAGACUAAUCAAAGUUAUCCGUGAUCUUCAUACUAUUUGGUUAACUAAGAUCAUGCCUGAAGAAUGGUACACCGGCAUCAUAAUCUCUCUCCAUAAAAAGGAAGAUCAAGCCAACUGCAAUAAUUACCAUGGCAUAACUCUCCUCAAUUGCACAUAUAAGGUGUUAUCUAAUGCCAUCUAUCAGAGGCUAAUGUUGCAUGCAGAAAGAGAGGUGGGAAUCCAUCAAUGUGGUUUCAUGAGAGGAAGAUCUAUCACUGUUCAAAUCUUUGCCUUAAGGACUCUGCUUGAAAGAACAAGAGAAUAUAAUAUCAUCACACUUCACCUUUUCAUAGAUUUUAGUAGUGCAUAUGAAAGUCUCAUCUGAGAGAGGUUGUACCAGGUUAUGGAAACUAUUAAUAUUCCCCUUGAAUUGAUCCAUCUUACAGAGCUGCUGAUGAUGGGAUCAAGGUGUCAAGUCAGAAUACAAGGAGACCUGUCAGAGGCAUUCACGACCACAACAGGCCUAAGACAAGGAGAUGGCUUAUCAUGCCUGCUAGGUAAUAAGGGUAUGUAGACAAUUUAGUAAUGCUUUAUAUAAUCUUGGGAAUAACCAAGGGAAAAGUGUGUAUUUUUUUAGUUAUUCGCAAAUAAAGUUUGUUUUCUUUCAUAACUUGUUUGCCUGAAUUUUCGGGGUGAAUGGACUAUUUUGCCCGCCUGAAGGAGAAGGAAGCCUUCAAAAUUGGUGGCUCAAUCUUGAGAUUUGGUGAAAAAUUAACGAUGAUCUGGCUUGUCGAUCAAAACACCAUCGAUAAAUAAUAUAAGCUCCUCCUCUCUCGCUCAUAGAGACCUCAAGUCGUCGAAAUGAGACAUGUAUUCAAUGACAGUACUACAAUUGAUGUAAGAUUAUGUGGAUGCGAACCCUAUGCCUUGCGUUAUCUCGAAAAUAGUACGUUUUUGGCUUAAAAACGCAGGAUCCGAUAGUUCCGGUGGUAUCGACUUUAUUUAUUUUAGAAAGAAAAACAUAAGUGGAGAAUACGAUUCGCUAACCCCCCGAGAAAUUCUGAAUCGAACGGUACCCCAUUCAUGGUAUUUGAGCUUAUAUUUGGUACAAAACCGAUUUCGAGCUUUACUGUAAUAAUAUAUGUGGGGAUAUAAAUUAGAAUAAUAUUGCUUGAAUAACAAAGCAGAGAAAUUCUCUGUUUUAAAAGUGACUGAAUACAUACAUAUGUGUAAACAUCCUCUUCAAAUGAACACACACGUUACUAUAAAUACAGGCAACAACAUUUUAUUAGACUCUGUUAAUAAUUUAGACAUUCAUGAUAACUUUACUUAAAAAAGUAGAAACCAAUUAUUAAUAAUGACAACUUUAUGGAGAAUAAUUACUCUAAAAUGCGUAGAGCCACAUUGUGGGAUUGCGGGUAAUGAAGCCGAUUUUACCUUGCAAAAGAAGCAGC